AUCGAAAUGGUUUUGAUUUCCAGAUCCUCUCCCCUUCUCCCCUUCUUCCCCCUCUUUUCCCUCUCCCUCUCUUAUAUAAAUCACCACUCCAUACCCACCCGGAUCUCGUUCAUUAGCUCAGAAAAGAGAGAUGGGUAUUUGCAGUUCUUGUGAAGCCACAUCAGUGGCGACGGCAAAAUUGAUUCUUCAAGAUGGAAAACUACAGGAGUUUUCUUACCCAGUUAAAGUGUCGCAGGUGUUGCAGAAGGACCCCAUGAGUUUUAUAUGUAACUCCGACGAGAUGGAAUUCGACGACUUUGUGUCGGCGAUCAGCGAAGAGGAGGAGUUGCAGCCAGGGCAGCUUUAUUUUGCGCUGCCGUUGAGUAAGUUGAAGCAUCCUCUCCAGGCUCAGGAUAUGGCGGCAUUGGCUGUUAAGGCCAGUUUAGCUCUUACGAAAAGUAGCGAUGGAGAUAAAUGUGGGUGUAGUCGGAAUGGGGUAGGGUCGGUGUCGUUUUCCGGCAAUAGGGCGGUGGUGAAGCCGAGUUUGGAGGGUGAUAAUCAGUUGUUCGAGGAGAGAAUGAGAAGACGAAGGGCUGGCGCCAGUGGUGGUGGCAGAGGACGUAGUUUUACGGCCAAUUUGGGUUCCAUUCCUGAGUAGCAGACUAGAAAUCAGAGAAUGAUGGGUGGUUGGCUGUUCUGCUGUAAAUAAUGGAAGUUUUUGGAUAUAGUAUUGGCUGUGAUUAGAAAGCAUUUCGCCAUAUUUACUUCA